AAAACAUUGGUAAAUAAUGAGAAGUCAAUGUUCAGUUGGUUGAAGGAACAUUUCUCAGCUAGUUGCUGACAGGCACAUUGUGGAGGUUGUCUCUUGUUCAGUAUCAAACUUUUCAAUAUCUUUAUGGUUACUUUCUUGCCUCCCCUUUGCUGCAUUUUAUUUAGGUUUUAUUUUAUUGACCUUAAAGUCAUCUUUGUUGUGAGCCACUUCAAACAUUUUUAGGAAGGUGAUGUAGUUUGUGUGACACUUUGUCUUUCAAAAGUCAACCUAGUAAAUGAACACUUAACACUUAAAACCAGGAAUCAAAACUUGAAAGUGAACAGGCUGUUGGCUCAAUUUAACAAAUAAGGAUUAUGUCAUAAGUAGAAGCUAGAAUGAGGAGAAAUAAAAAUAGAUAUUUUCAUUACUGGACAAAAAAGUGAGGUACAGUGGAGAAAACUGGAGAGAAGUUUUCUCUUUGAUUACUGCUCAAUGCUAAAUACUUCUGAAGAGUUUUUAACCUCUACCAUAUAAAAGAGCAAUUAGCCAUACUUGGUCAUAGUACAAAAUUCCAGGAAGCGAAUUUUGCCCAGCUUGAAUCAGUGGCUGGACCUUGAGGUUAAUCUUUGUCAUACAAAGUCUGAAAACAUGACGGUAAGAUGUCGACAAAUGGAAACUCUUACAUAAAAUUAGUACAUACAGCUCCUUGGCAAAUGAAUUUAGUUAGCAUUGAUAAUCUUGCUUAGUUGAAAAUGUGCAUACUCUAAAAGCCAACAAUUUCACUUUAAAGCAUUUAUAGAAAAACUCCAUGUGUGCCCUGUGGGGCAUACAUAUAUAAACAGAAGUAGUAUUCAAAAUAUUUGACUUUAAUACAUGUGCACUGAUCAGUCAACCAACCAACUAAUCAGAGCCUGUGCAAGCUAUAAAUAACUUAAGUGGCCUUACAGACAGCACACCAGAAAACCAGGUCUGUGUAUGGGAAUACUCAUAUCAGUCAUAGCAAAAAAUAACCCAAAUGACUUGACAGGAGCAUUGAUUCAUUACGGUAUAUUUAUAGAACAAUCCUAUACAGAAUGAAAAUGAUUCACUGUCAUGCAUUAGCAUGUCUAAGUCUUAAAAGUAUGGAGAAUAAAGAGAAUGUUAAGUUUUCAAACAAUAUUUAUGCUUGGGAAUAUGGUAAAUCUAAAAAAAAUGGAAUGGGGGAAUUCCCUGGCAGUCCAGUGGUUAGGCUUUUAGAGCCCCUGGGAGGAGGAGGGGUAUGGAGUGGGAAAAACAGAAGUCACCUCUUCAGGGAAGUAAGGGGAGGGAGGAGGAGUAUACAGAAUCUCAACAGUAUUAUGUUCUAUUCCUUGGGUCUUAGGUUUCAUGCUUUUUUUGGUGGGUAGUGGUUUCUUGAGUGUUUAUUUUAUACUUGGCUUGCAUAUAUAUUACUAAUAUUUUUGUACAUAUCAAAUAUUUCAUUUUUUAAAUUUGUAUGCAAUCCCAUUUAUGUAAAAGAUGCCUGGAUUUUGAUUUAAAAUGGGAGACAUCCAGCUCUACCUUUCACUUAAACACUGUGGAGACACUGUAAAACCUUAACUGGCCUGAUUUCAAUUUUGUUGUCUUAGGGAAAAGGCCCAAGGAAAGGGAGUGAGAUGAGUGAAUGGCCGGUUAGUGGAGCAAUCAAAACACAUUUAUAGAUGGGCUUUUAUGGGCUCCCUUUAUGGCACCUCAAAAUAAUUAGUAACAUCAAAGAUCACUGAUGAUGGGUCACCAUAACAAAUAUAAUGAAAAUAUUUGAAAUAUUGCAAGAAUUACCAAAAUGUGACAGAGACAUAAUGUGAGAAAAUGCUGCUGGAAAACCUGUGCUAACAGACUGGCACAGGUCUGUUAGGGUUGUCACAAACCUUCAAUCUGUAAAAAAGAAAAUGUAGUAUCUGCAAGCAGCAUGCCUGUAGUAGACAUUCAGUGUUCAGUAAACAUUCUAUACCCAAGGCUGGAAACUAGUAAUCACAGUAAACCCUGAUACCUUGGGGGAAAAAGAACCACCAGAGAAAGCAGGAUGAGACUUCAAGCAGUGUUUUUUCAAGAGAAUCAGUAUUUAAGGUUUUCACAGCCAAUUUGUUUCUUGGUUCAUUCGAGAAAAUGUCCAAGAUGCUUAAAAUGAAAAAUGAGUUCCCAGAUUGUAUCCUCUUACAUGUAGGUGGUUUUUGCCAUCCUCUAACUGGGUGAGAGCCCAAGAAAGAAGGGAACUAAAUAAUCGUUCUUCAGAAUUGCUGACUGAGGAACUAAUUGCUAGGAAGUACCAUAAAUAGGGGGCUUCCCAGGCUGCUCAGUAAUAAAGAAUCUGCCUGCAGGAGAUCUGGUUUCCAUCCCUGGGUCGGGAAGAUCCCCUGGAGUAGCAAAUGGCAACCCACUCCAGUAUUCUUGCCUGGAGAAUACCAUGGAUAGAAGAGCCUGGCGGGCUACACAGUCCAUGGAGUCACAAAGAGUUGGACAGGACUGAGCUUGCAUGCACCACAAAGUAGGCAAGGCCAAAUUCCUUUUUAAGUGUACAUGAAAUUAGAAGCAGUGGCUGACUUUAUUUUAAGGGGCUCCAAAAUCACUGCAGAUAGUGACUGCAGCCAUGAAAUUAAAAGACGCUUACUCCUUGGGAGGAAAGUUGUGACCAACCUAGACAGCAUAUUACAAAGCAGAGACAUUACUUUGCCAGCAAAGUUCUGUCUAGUGAAAGCUACGGUUUUUCCAGUAGUCAUGUAUGGAUGUGAGAGUUGGACUAUAAGAAAGCUGAGUGUUGAAGAAUUGAUGCUUUUGAACUGUGGUGUUGGAGAAGACAUGAGAGUCCCUUGGACUGCAAGGAGAUCCAACCAGUCCAUCCUAAAAGGAGAUCAGUCCUGGGUGUUCAUUGGAAGGACUGAUACUGAAGCUGAAACUCCAAUACUUUGGCCACCUGAUGCAAAGAGUCGACUCAUUGGAAAAGACCCUGAUGCUGGGAAAGAUUGAAGGAGAAGAGCACGACAGAUGAUGAGAUUGUUGGAUGGCAUCACCGACUCAAUGGACAUGAACUUGGGCAAAUUCUGGGAGAUAGGGACAGGGAAGCCUGGUGUGCUGCAGUCCAUGGGGUCGCAAAGAGUCAAGACACGAGUUCGCUACUGAAUAGCAACAACAGUGGUGGUAACUGAAAAAUCUAGAAGCAAUGCAAAUAUCAAAACGAUUUAAAUUUGGCCCAUCCAUUCUGGAGUAGUAUGCAGUCAUUCGAAAUACUUAGAAAACUGCAGCAACGUGAUAUAUCAAAGGGGUGAGGAAGCAGGUUAUAAAUUAGAAGGGAAGAGGAAAAGCUGUCAGGGACAAAAUUAAAUGCUAUGAAGAAUCCUUUUACUUAUUCAUUGAACAAACAUUAAGCACCUUACAUCCUAGGCACCAGGCCAAAGGCUAGAAUGCCGCCAAAACGAAAAGGUUCCUGUAGAAGAACAAGAGAUUUAACAGGAUAGAAGAACCCCUUCUCACAGUGAGCCACAGUAUUCAUACAUUUUUCAGUUUAAGUUGCCUUUUCCUCUGUUUCUGUAAUUAUUUUAACGUAGCAGCAAUUUAUAAUUACUGCUGCAAAGUUCCUCUCUGAUUCUUCGUCCUCCCGCUAUCGAUGUCUCCGUUUUUCGCGUACCUGCCAGCGUAUAUGCUUGGUGCGGUGGGGCAGAAUUCCCGACACAGCGGUGCCUCUCCGUCUCGCUGGAGGGAAGAUAAAUGGCUCUAAUCCAGACCUGACUUUGGUAUGUGCCCAGGAGAAAGGCGUUGAGUUAGAAGGCAAGAAGAGGCCUGGUAAGGUCCCGCCUUUUUACCAGGCCCUUUCGGGGAGCGGAACAAGAAAAGCAGGGAAGUUUCUGAGGAUCAGGAAGGAGAAUCUGUACCUAACUCACUGAACAUCGAGGGAGGCACGACUGCCUGGGUACCUGAAUCGUGGGAAACCAAAAUGAGACAUAAUCAGCUGUGUUGUGAGACACCACCUACUGUCACUGUACAUGUAAAAUCAGGGUCAAAUAGAUUUCAUCAGCCUAAAAAACCCAUUACCCUGAAGCGUCCUAUUUUUAAAGAUAGUUGGCCAGCAUCUGAAAAAAAUGCACAUAAUAGCAACAAGUCUAAACGCCCCAAAGGACCCUGUCUAGUUAUACAGCGUCAGGAAAUGACUGCUUUCUUUAAAUUAUUUGAUGACGAUUUAAUUCAGGAUUUCUUGUGGAUGGACUGCUGCUGUAAAAUUGCAGACAAGUAUCUUUUGGCUAUGACCUUUGUUUAUUUCAAGAGAGCUAAAUUUACUGUAAAUGAGCAUACCAGGAUAAAUUUCUUUAUUGCUCUGUAUCUCGCUAAUACAGUUGAAGAAGAUGAAGAAGAAUCCAAAUAUGAAAUUUUUCCAUGGGCUUUAGGGAAAAACUGGAGAAAAUUAUUCCCUGACUUCUUAAAGUUAAGGGACCAACUCUGGGAUAGAAUUGACUAUAGGGCUAUUGUAAGCAGGCGAUGCUGUGAGGAGGUUAUGGCCAUUGCUCCAACCCAUUAUAUAUGGCAACGAGAACGCUCUGUGCAUCACAGUGGAGCUGUUAGAAACUACAACAGAGAUGAAGUUCAACUGCCCCGGGGACCUAGUGCCACACCGGUAGAUUGUUCACUAUGUGGUAAAAAAGGAAGAUAUGUUAGACUGGGAUUGUCUUCAUCAUCAUCUUCAUCCAGUGAUACAGUAGAAGUGGUGGAGAAACAUUCUCAGGAAUCACACAACUCAUUCUCAAUGGACAAAAUAGUUGAUACUUCUCAAGCUUAUAGCUAUUCUCAAGCCAAUGAUCAUCGAUCAAACAAAGAAAAGAAAACUAAUUUCAUGAAGAAAGACAAAUCUAUGGAGUGGUUUACAGGAAGUGAAGAAUGAAAUGGCUCAACUAAACCAACUUGGAAUCAUUUACUACAAAAUGCCAA